AUGUCGACCUUCGAGCCAGUGGUUGUCAUUGAUGGCAAGGGACACUUGCUCGGUCGUCUCGCCAGCACGGUUGCGAAGCAGCUUCUGAACGGCCAGAAGAUCGUCGUCGUUCGAUGCGAGGCCCUCAACAUCUCGGGCGAGUUCUUCCGUGCUAAGCUCAAGUACCACGCCUACCUCCGAAAGAUCACUCGAUUCAACCCAACCCGAGGCGGUCCAUUCCAUUUCCGUGCUCCAGCCCGCAUUUUCUACAAGACCGUUCGCGGCAUGAUCCCACACAAGACCGCCCGAGGCGCCGCCGCUUUGGAGAGACUGAAGGUCUUCGAGGGUGUUCCUCCGCCAUACGACAAGAAACAGCGCAUGGUCGUCCCCCAGGCCCUGCGUGUCCUCAGAUUAAAGCCCGGACGAAAGUACUGCACAGUUGGCCGAUUGGCUCAUGAGGUUGGCUGGAAAUACCAGGAUGUGGUUGCUAGACUCGAGGAGCGGAGAAAGGUCAAGGGCGCUGCUUACUACGAGCGGAAGAAGGUUGCGAGACGACAAUUGGCCGAGGCGCAGAAGACUUCCGGCGAUGCGAAGACCAAGGAGAAGUUGGCCGCGCUUGGCUACUAA